AAAGAUGAAGGAGAUCUGCAGGAUCUGUGCCCGAGAACUGUGUGGCAACCAGAGGCGAUGGAUUUUCCACACAGCCUCCAAACUCAAUCUGCAGGUCUUGCUGUCCCAUGUCCUGGGGAAAGACAUCCCCAGAGAUGGCAAGGGAGAGUUUGCCUGCAGCAAAUGCGCCUUCAUGCUGGAUCGCAUCUAUAGAUUUGACACUGUGAUUGCCCGCAUUGAGGCCCUGUCCAUCGAGCGCCUGCAGAAGCUGCUGUUGGAGAAGGAUCGCCUCAAAUUCUGCAUCGCCAGCAUGUACAAGAAGAACAACCAUCAGGAAGGGUCUGGCCCAGAGAGCAAGACAGGCAGUGGGACUGUGGAUAUCUCAGGCCUACCUGAUGUGAGAUACUCUGCCCUGCUCCAGGAAGAUUUUGCAUAUUCGGGGUUCGAGUGCUGGGUGGAAAAUGAGGAUCAGGUGCAGGAGUUGCAUAGCUGCCAUGCUGCAGAAGGCCCUGCCAGCCGACCCAGGAGAUGCCGUGGUUGUGCAGCUCUGCGGGUGGCAGAUUCUGACUAUGAAGCCAUUUGCAAAGUACCCCGCAAAGUGGCCAGGAGUAUUUCGGGGGCCCCUUCUAGCAGAUGGUCUACCAGCAUUUGCACAGAGGAGCCAGCUCUGUCUGAGGUUGGGCCAGCCGAUCUGCCCGGCACAAAGGUCCCCCAAGAUGGAGAGAGCAUGGAGGAAGGGACCCCAGGAUCCUCUGUGGAAUCUCUGGAUGCAAGUGUCCAGGCUAGUCCCCCACGACCAAAGGAGGAAGAUACCGUGCAGGAGAGAAGUGCAAAGGAACUGGCCAAGUGUGACUGUUGUUCUGAGGAGCAGGCAACCCAACAUAUGUGCAACCACAAGCUGGAGAUGGCUCUUAGCAUGAUUAAAGGGCUGGAUUAUAAACCCAUCCAGAGCCCCCGAGGAAGCAGACUUCCUAUACCUGUCAAAUCCAACAUACUUAGAGUCAGGCCUGGCCAUAGUAUGACCGAUGGAGUCCAUUCCAGUUUCCUUCACAGGUCUUUGAAGUCCUUAGACAAGUCACCUGUCAGUUACACCUUGGACAUGUCAGAUCUGCAAGAGCUCUGGGAUGAUCUCUGUGAAGAAUAUUUGCCACUUCGGUUCCAGCCCAUGAAUGAAGAUUUAUUCAAGCAACAAAAACUGAAUGAAAAUGAGACUCUUUCAGUACAACCAUCUAUACCUGAUGCUCACUUGGCAGAACUUGAAGAAAAAAUUCAACAAACAGAAGUCACCAACAAGCUUCUUCAAGAGAAACUGAAUGAAAUGAGUUGUGAACUCAAAUCUGCUCAGGAAUCUUCUCAGAAGCAAGAUGGUAUAAUUCAAAGCCUCAAGGAAACUCUCAAGAACAGGGAAAGUGAGACUGAGGAGUUAUACCAGGUGAUUGAAGGUCAAAAUGGCACCAUGGCAAAACUUCGAGAAAUGCUGCACCAGAGCCAGCUUGGACAACUUCAUAGCUUGGAAACAACUCCCCCAGCUCAGCAACAGGUGGCUCUACUUGAUCUUCAGAGUGGCUUGUUCUGCAGCCAGCUCGAAAUACAGAAGCUCCAGAGGGUGGUACGACAGAAAGAACGCCAGCUGGCUGAUGCCAAACGUUGCGUGCAGUUCAUCGAAGCUGCUGCCCAAGGGCAAGAACAGCAGAAAGAGGCUUCCUGGAAACAUAAUAAAGAAUUGCGUAAAGCUUUACAACACUUACAAGGAGAAUUACAGAACAAAAACCAAAAGCUUCGUGUCCUGGAGGCUGAAAAAUUCAAUGAGAUUCGAAUCCUGGAACAAAAUAUGGAGCGCCUAAACCAAAAUCUUAGUCACAAAGAUCAGCUGAUUCAGGAAUUUCGGGAGCUUCUGCAAUAUCGCGAAAACCCAGAUCCAACCUUUGAAGCACAUGAAAUGUUGCUUGAGAAACUUCGGCAGCGCAUACAAGACAGAGAUUUAGCUCUAGAGCGGGCUAUUGAUGAAAAGUUUACCACUCUAGAAGAAAAAGAAAAAGAACUGCGUCAACUUCAACUUGCUGUGAGAGAGCGAGAUCAUGACCUGGAAAGACUUCGCAGCAUCCUUUCUUCCAAUGAAGCAACCAUGCAGAGUUUGGAGAGUCUCCUAAGGGCCAAAGGCCUGGAAGUGGAGCAGUUAUCUGCCACCAGUAAGAACCUACAGUGGCUGAAAGAAGAAAUGGAAGCCAAAUUUACCCACUGGCAGAAGGAGCAAGAAAGCAUCGUUCAGCAGUUACAGACCUCUCUGCAUGACAGAAACAAAGAAGUGGAGGAUCUUAGUGCGACUUUGCUCCACAAACUCGGACCCGGUCAGAUCGAGAUUGCCAAGGAGCUCUGUCAGUGCCUACAGCAAAAGGAAAGGAUGGUUCAGGAGCUCCUCAGUGAUCACAACAAACAAACAGUAGAGCAUGAAUUGGAGAUUCAGGGCCUCCUUCAGUCUAUGAGCACCCGGGAGCAGGAGAGCCAAGUAACUACAGAAAAGAUGGUACAAGCCCUGAUGGAAAGAAAUUCUGAACUACAGGCACUGCGCCAGUAUUUAGGAGGGAAAGAUUUUCUGGUACCCCAAACAGUCAUGUCUCACCAGGGCACUGAAGCUAACUCCAUCAGCCCUCAUCUGGGAGAGCACACUGAUCAAGGUUCAAUGCAUAUGCCUUCCAGAGACGAUAAUAUUUCUUUAACUGCCAAAGUGGAAGCCAGCUUGCCCAGAUCCUCACUAGGUGACUUGGACACAGUUGCAGAGUUAGAAAAAGAACUGAGUAAUGCCAAAGAGGAACUCGACCUUAUGGCUAAAAAAGAAAGAGAAAGUCGGAUGGAACUUUCUGCUCUACAAUCAAUGGUGGCUGUGCAAGAGGAAGAGCUGCAGGUUCAGGGUGCUGAUUUGGAGUCCCUGACCAGGAACAAUCAGAUUAAAGAGGACCUAAUAAAGGACCUGCAGAUGCAACUGGUCGACCCAGAAGACAUACCAGCCAUGGAACGCCUGACCCAAGAGGUCUUACUUCUUCGGCAAAAAGUUGCCUCAGUAGAAUCACAGGGUCAAGAAACUUCAGGAAAUCGAAGACAUCAAUUACUGCUGAUGCUGGAAGGGCUGGUAGAUGAACGAAGCCGGCUUAAUGAGGCUUUACAAGCAGAGAGACAGCUUUAUAGCAGUCUUGUGAAGUUCCAUGCUCAUCCAGAGAGCUCUGAGAGAGACCGAACUCUACAGGUGGAACUGGAAGGGGCCCAGGUGUUACGCAGUCGACUAGAAGAAGUUCUUGGAAGAAGCCUGGAGCGCUUAAGCAGGCUGGAGACCUUGGCCGCCAUUGGAGGUGCAGCUACAGGGGAUGACACUGAGGAUGCCAGCACUGAGUUCACUGACAGUAUCGAGGAGGAAGCUGCACAUAAUAACCACCAGCAACUCAUUAAGGUAGCUUUGGAGAAAAGCCUGGCAGCUGUGGAGAGCCAGAAUGUCUCUCUCCUUUCUCCUUCCUUGAUAGAAGAGGACAGUAACAGGGGUCUUCAGGAGGAAAUGCUUCACCUGAGGGCUGAGGUGCACCAGCAUUUAGAGGAGAAGAGGAAAGCUGAGGGGGAACUGAAGGAGCUAAAGGCUCAAAUCGAGGAAGCAGGAUUCUCCUCUGUGGCCCACAUCAGGAACACUAUGCUGAGCCUUUGCCUUGAGAAUGCAGAGUUGAAAGAGCAGAUGGGAGAAGCAAUGUCUGAUGGAUGGGAGAUUGAGGAAGACAAGGAGAAUGGCGAGGUGACAGUGGAGACUGUGGGAGCCAAAGGGGAUUUGAAUGAGAAUCAUCUUCAAGCUGAGUUCAGAAAGCUCCAGGGAAAACUGAAAAAUGCCUACAAGUUCAUCAACCUCCUCAAAGAACAACUGGUACAGAGCAACAAGAGAGGGAAUAGUAAACUCACACCAGAGCUCCUUGUGCAUCUAGCUAAAGAGACCGAUAGAAUGAACACAGAGCCAGUUGGCUCUCCUGGGAGGCACCAGGGCCAAGAAGAGGAAGAUGUGAUCAUGAGGCCCUGCUCCAGACCACUUGAACUUGGAGCCACCCUCACGGUGGAUGGUGACCAAUUGGAUCACCAACGUCAGGCCUUCAAGCCUAGGCCCCAGUCAGAAUUUAGCCUUCCAGGAUCCACCAAACACCUGCGCACCCAGCUGGCACAAUGCAGACAACACUAUCAAGAUCUCCAGGAAAAGCUGCUGAUAUCAGAAGCCACCGUCUUUGCCCAGGCCAACCAGCUGGAGAAAUAUAGAGCCAUGUUUACAUGUGAACCCUUGGUGAAGCAAGACAGCAAGCAGAUCCAAGUGGACCUCCAGGAUCUGGGCUACGAGACAUGUGGUCGCAGUGAGAACGAGGCGGAGAGAGAGGAGACCACCAGUCCUGAGUGUGAGGACCACAGCAGUUUUGGGGAAUCCGUUCUCAGAGAAGGGCUGUGCUCUGAACCUGGUUGCCUUCCAGGGUCCAUCCCUGGGAAGAAGCCUUUGAAGAGCGAAUUGAAGAGGCAGAAGGAAUUCCAGUCAUAUGGAAAGUCAGAAGACAUCUCUGUCCUACACAUGGACAUUAAGGAUCUGAAGGCCCAGCUGCAGAAUGCCCACAAAAUCAUUCAGAACCUCAAGAGUCGGGUCCGGUCCCUAUCCGUGACAAGUGAUUAUUCCUCUAGUUUGGAGAGGCCUCAAAAGCUGAAGGUUGUUGGUACCCUGGAAGGAUCUCCUCUUCACAGUGCCACAGACGAGGAUGAGGGAUGGCUUUCUGAUGGCACCGGGGCUUUCUACCCUCCAGCGUUUCAGGCUCAAAAGGAUCUGGACAGUUUGAUCCAGAGAGUGUCUCAGCUAGAAGCCCAGCUCCCCCGAACUGGACUGGAAGGGAAGUUAACUGAGGAGUUAAGAUCAGCCUCAUGGCCUGGAAAAUAUGAUUCCUUGAUUCAAGAUCAGGCCCGAGAACUAUCAUAUCUACGCCAAAAAAUAAGAGAAGGGAGAGGUAUCUGUUAUCUUCUCACCCAGCAUGCAAAAGAUACCGUGAAAUCUUUUGAAGAUCUUCUCCGAAGCAACGAUAUCGACUAUUAUCUGGGGCAGAGCUUCCGAGAGCAGCUUGCCCAGGGAAGCCAGCUGGUAGAGCGACUCACCAGCAAACUCAGCACUAAGGAUCAUAAAAGCGAGAAAGAACAAGCUGGACUUGAACCCCUGGCUCUCAGACUCACCAGGGAACUCCAGGAAAAGGAGAAAGUGAUCGAAGUCCUGCAGGCCAAGCUGGAUGCCCGUUCCCUCACCCCCUCGAGCAGCCAUGCCUUGUCUGACUCUCAACGCACACCCAGCAGUUCCUCCUUCCUGUCUGAUGAGCUGGAUGCCUGCUCUGACAUGGACGUAGCCAGCGAAUACACCCACUUUGAGGAGAAGAAAGUGUCACCUGGGCCUUCAGAUUCCAUCCAUCAUUCGACUCAUUCUGCUGUACUGUCUCCUAAAUCAUCAACAACCAGUGAAUCUCAGGAGCUUAAGGCUGAAUCCAGCAGCAGUCCUAUCAACUUGCCAGAUCCCCAGAAUCCCCCCCAGGAAGCCAUCCAGGCCCAUUCAGGCUUCCAUUUUCCCUCCACACUUAGGCCGGUUAGCCUCUCUCAGGCACCAAUGCCCUCAGCUCCACCCAGCUUCCCUCCUUUCAGCUCCACUGGCCCUCCAAUCCUUGGCUGCUGUGAGACACCCACGGUCUCCUUGAUAGAGGCUCAGCAGGAGCUGCAGAUGCUGCAGAAACAGUUGGGAGAAAGUGUCAGCUCCAUCCAACCUGCUUCCCCAGCAACAUUGUCAAGCCAUCAUUUAGAAGCCAACUCCUCCCACUACCUCAACCCUACCCAGCCCCACUCUCUGAGGGGCACCAUAGAAUUGGGCAGAAUCCUGGAGCCUGGGUAUGUGGGCAGCAAUGGCCAGUGGGAUAUGAUGACACCCCAGAAAGGGAGUGUAUCUGGAGAUCUCUCUUCAGGUUCCUCUGUGUACCAUCUAAACUCCAAACCAACCGGGGCUGAUCUGCUGGAAGAGCAUCUUGGAGAGAUCCGGAACCUACGUCAGCGUCUGGAGGAGUCCAUCUGCAUCAAUGACCGCCUGAGAGAGCAACUGGAGCAAAGGCUCAGUUCUACCUCAAGGGACAUUGGAUCAACCUCUAACUUUUACAAUCAGAGCUUGGAGUCGACAUCCCAACUCUGCAAUGAGAAUAGAGUUCUCAGGGAAGAAAACCGGAGUCUUCAGGCUCAGUUGAGUCACAUUUCCAGAGAACACUCCCAGGAAACACAGUGCCUGAGGGAAGCCCUGCUGGCUUCUCGUUCCCGGCUUCAAGAACUGGAAAUGGAGCUGAAGCACCACAAGGUGGAAGAGCAGCAGCUUUUGGAUGACUUGAAGGAGAAGCAGCAGGAGAUCUUGCAUUUCCAGCAGGAGCGACUGUGCCUUCAGGAGAAAGACUCCAGGAUGCAACAAAAACUGGCCCUUCUGCAGCAACAGUGUGAAGAGAAACAGCAGCUAUUCCAGUCCUUGCAGUCAGAGCUACAGAUUUACGAAGCUCUUUAUGGAAAUUCCAAGAAGGGGCUGAAAGAUUUGGUUGCAUCCCCUCCAGUUCGGGAUGUUGGCAUGGAUUCUCCUGGUCUGGUCUUCCCUGGCAUUUCAUCCUCUGUUUCUGCUUCAGAGUCAGCCAUCACAAAUGAGCUGAGUUUGGAUAGAUCUCCAGUAACAAAGAAUCCUCCUAAACUUGAGGGACACGCAGUUGAUGGUUCUUUUGCCAAUAAGCAUGGCCGCCAUGUUAUUGGCCACAUUGAUGACUAUAGUGCCCUCAGACAGCAGAUUGGGGAGGGCAAACUCUUGGUCACAAAGAUAGCGUCUCUUGUAAGAUCAGCAUGCAACUCUCCUGCCCUGGAAGCUCAAGGCACAGAGGCCGCCAGGAACCAAGGUGUCCAGGAACUUCACAGCAGUGCCAAUGCCCUGCACCACUCACUGGAGGAAUCUUCAUCCCUCCUCACCAUGUUCUGGAGAGCUGCCCUGCCUAGCUCCACUGGCUCCACUCCAUCUGUCAGAGCGGGAGAGUCCAUGACAAGGGAACUUCUGGAACUGAGAACCAAACUCUGUAAACAGGAGAGUCUACUUCAAAAUACAGCUGAGCGUCUGAAGAUGGCCAACCAGCAGAAGGAGAACAUGGAGCAGUUCAUCUUCAGCCAGUUGACCAGGACACAUGAUGUUCUGAAGAAGGCAAGGACUAAUUUGGAGGAGAAAUCCCUAAGGGCUCUUCCAGGCAUUGCAGUCUUGUGACCCUUGCCUUCCAGGAGCCAUGCCAGAAGAAUAGCCUUCAGAUGGGCCCCAAACAACCAGAAGGAUGGGUCUGCCCCACUUCUGCACAACUCCUUGUCUGCUGAAGAAUGACCUGGGCGCCCUACAGCCAACUCAAGCAGGGUUUAGGAGUCAGAGGUGUGUUGUCGUGGCCUAGGUGGAGGUGACAGAGAACCUUCCUUUCUGCUUUGAUUGAAUACCGUUAAACCACGUUUUCCUUUGCUCAGUACAAAGAAAAGCAAGUAGAUAUUUUUAGAGGUCUUUGCGACAUGUUUUCCUUGAUCCCGGCGGCCUGGCCAACUACCUACAGCUAU